AUGGCCAUUCCUGCUGAUUUUGCUAGACAUGGGGAGCUUGGUAAAGUCUGCAAACUCUACAAGUCAUUGAAAUAUGCACUGGAGUUGAUAGCUGAGUCUGGCCUAAAGGGAGCUAAGCCUGCAGGUACACCUCUUGAACAAAAUCAGAAGUUAACUUCUGUGAAAUAUGAUGAAUUACAAGUGUUAAGCCAAUAUAUGCACUGUCCUAAGGAAUCACACAUGGAAGCAGCACUUAGAGUGGUGAGAUACAUCAAAGAAGCUCCAGGCAUUGGAGUGUUGAUGCCAACUAAAGACACAAAUCAGCUGCAAGCCUAUUGUGACUUAGAUUGGGGAGCUUAUAUAGAAACCAGAAGGUCUGUCACUGGAUAUUUGAUCAAGUUUGGUGGUGCAUUGAUCUCUAGGAAGUCAAAGAAACAAGAGACAGUUUCAAGAAGCUCAGCAGAGACAUAA